AUGGAAGAUUUACAAGCAAAUCAACAACAGAUGGUUUCUGGUAUGGAGCAGCUGCUCAGCAACUUCAAAAAGGACGGCGCCGACCGUAGGACUGCUGCUCAUAUCAAAAAACGACUGGAGACUUUGGAUACUUACUGGCAGGAAUUUCACAACCUUCACCUCCAGGUACGUGAGUUGUGUGAUGAAAACCAUUCCUACAUUGUACAGAAUCAAUACGGACAAGUUCUUGAUUUUUAUACAAAAACAAAAGACUACAUACAAAGUUUCUUACCAACUGAAGACAAAUCAAGACCCUCUACUCCGAUCAUAAAACCAUCAAAUUUCAACCCCCCGCCAUCAACGUCGUCAGCAACACCGCGACAGGUGGACCGCAGUAUUAACAGCAAGCUGGAUGAGAUGUUGCGUAAGCAAAGUAGCAAUUUUAGAGCUUUUAAGCGAACGUUAGCAAACAUUGACUUGGAUUUGUUAACCGAUAACUGGGAAUUAGAAGAUGCUCUGAAGACCUUGAGUGUUAGAUGGAACCGUAUCGACUCCCUUCAUUGGGAGCUCGACAGCGAGCUGGAGGGUACUAACGUAGCAUACGAACAAGAAUUUUCCGUCCAUGAGAGAAGCUUUAGUGACAUAAAGAAGGCAAUCAACAAGAAAAUAUGGUCAACAGCUCAUCAGGAACAAUUUACACCAAAGCUUGAUAUUCCUAUCUUCAACGGGAAUUAUCACCAAUGGGUUCCGUUCAAAGAUCUAUUUACGGAAUGCAUUCAUAACAAUCGCUCCCUUUCCAGUGCUCAAAAAAUGCAGUUUUUAAAGAGCAAGGUCAGGGGAGAGGCGGAGCGGCUGAUACAACACCUACAGAUCAGCUCGGAUAAUUAUAUUAUCUGUUGGGACAUUUUAAACAACCGAUACAAUAACCCGAAACUUAUAUUCACUUCUCACAUGAACAUAUUAAUGAGUUUGCCAGUUCCUCAUCAAGCAUCAGUGACCAACAUCAAGAAAAUUCACGACACUACGCAGGAAUUAUUAAUGUAA